CGGUAGCCGUAGCUUUGACAGGGCGCGAUGGCGGCGGCCGGGUCUGCAGGGGUGCCGGCGAUUGUGUCGGAAAAGCAAGAGUUCUACCAGCUUCUGAAGAACCUGAUCAAUCCAAGCUGCAUGGUGCGGAGGCAAGCAGAGGAAAUCUAUGAAAAUAUCCCAGGUCUGUGUAAGACUACAUUCCUCUUAGAUGCCGUCAGAAAUAGAAGAGCAGGUUAUGAGGUGAGACAAAUGGCUGCCGCACUGCUACGCCGGCUUUUGUCCUCUGGGUUUGAGGAGGUCUACCCAAAUCUGCCUUCUGAUGUUCAGAGAGAUGUCAAGAUUGAACUGAUACUGGCUGUUAAGUUAGAAACACAUGCUAGCAUGAGGAAAAAGCUCUGUGAUAUUUUUGCGGUGCUGGCCAGGAAUUUGAUAGAUGAGGAUGGCACUAACCAUUGGCCAGAAGGUCUGAAGUUCCUUAUUGAUUCGAUCUACUCUAAAAAUGUGGUUCUGUGGGAAGUUGCACUUCACGUCUUCUGGCACUUUCCUGGAAUUUUUGGGAACCAAGAUCGGCACGAUUUGGAUAUCAUCAAAAGGUUGUUGGACCAGUGUAUUCAAGAUCAAGAACAUCCAGCAAUCAGGACAUUAUCUGCUAGAGCUGCAGCUGCAUUUGUACUUGCUAAUGAGAAUAAUAUUGCUCUUUUCAAAGACUUUGCAGACUUGCUUCCUGGAAUCUUACAAGCUGUCAAUGAUUCAUGCUACCAGGAUGAUGAUUCAGUGCUAGAAUCCCUUGUUGAGAUUGCUGAUACAGUACCUAAGUAUUUGGGUCCUUAUUUAGAAGAUACUCUACAGUUGAGCCUGAAGUUGUGUGGAGAUUCUAGACUUAGUAACCUGCAACGCCAGCUGGCCCUUGAAGUAAUAGUGACCUUGUCUGAAACUGCAACUCCAAUGUUGAAAAAACAUACAAAUAUUAUUGCACAGGCAGUUCCUCAUAUAUUAGCAAUGAUGGUUGAUCUACAGGAUGAUGAGGACUGGGUAAAUGCUGAUGAAAUGGAAGAAGAUGAUUUUGACAGCAAUGCAGUUGCUGCUGAGAGUGCUCUAGACAGACUGGCUUGUGGGCUUGGUGGAAAAGUUGUUUUACCAAUGACCAAGGAGCAUAUUAUGCAAAUGCUUCAGAGCCCUGACUGGAAGUAUCGACAUGCUGGAUUAAUGGCCUUAUCUGCCAUUGGAGAAGGUUGCCAUCAGCAAAUGGAACCAAUUCUAGAUGAAACUGUUAACUCUGUUUUACUUUUUCUUCAGGAUCCUCAUCCAAGGGUGAGGGCUGCAGCCUGUACUACACUUGGACAAAUGGCUACAGAUUUUGCACCUAGUUUCCAAAAGAAAUUCCAUGAAACAGUGAUUGCAGCUUUGUUGCGUACGAUGGAAAAUCAAGGUAAUCAGCGUGUACAAUCUCAUGCAGCUUCUGCUCUUAUUAUUUUUAUUGAAGAUUGCCCCAAGUCAUUACUAGUUCUCUAUUUGGAUAGUAUGGUGAAAAAUCUACAUUCUAUCUUGGUGAUUAAACUUCAAGAGUUGAUUCGGAAUGGAACUAAGUUGGCCUUGGAACAGCUUGUGACAACCAUUGCCUCAGUUGCAGAUAUGAUAGAAGAAAAAUUUAUUCCAUAUUAUGACAUAUUUAUGCCCUCACUAAAGCAUAUUGUUGAGCUUGCUGUUCAGAAGGAACUCAAGCUUCUGAGAGGAAAAACUAUUGAGUGCAUUAGCCAUGUUGGUCUUGCUGUUGGGAAGGAAAAAUUUAUGCAAGAUGCAUCAAAUGUGAUGCAGCUAUUGUUGAAGACACAAUCAGACUUGAAUAAUAUGGAAGAUGAUGACCCUCAGACCUCUUACAUGGUUUCAGCUUGGGCUAGAAUGUGUAAAAUUCUUGGAAAAGAUUUCCAACAGUACCUUCCACUGGUUAUUGAGCCUCUUAUUAAGACUGCUUCAGCUAAACCUGAUGUCGCUCUCUUAGACACACAAGAUGUAGAGAAUAUGAGUGAUGAUGAUGGAUGGCAAUUUGUAAAUCUUGGAGACCAGCAAAGUUUUGGAAUUAAAACUUCCGGACUUGAAGCAAAAGCAACUGCUUGCCAGAUGUUGGUUUACUAUGCUAAGGAGUUAAGAGAAGGAUUUGUGGAGUAUACAGAACAAGUUGUGAAAUUAAUGGUUCCCUUACUGAAAUUUUAUUUCCAUGACAAUGUUCGAGUGGCAGCUGCAGAGUCCAUGCCUUUUCUCCUGGAAUGUUCAAGAAUUCGUGGUCCAGAGUAUCUUUCACAGAUGUGGCAGUUCAUAUGUGACCCCUUAAUCAAGGCUAUAGGAACUGAACCUGAUACUGAUGUACUCUCAGAAAUAAUGAAUUCUUUUGCAAAGUCCAUUGAGGUAAUGGGAGAUGGUUGCCUCAAUGAUGAACACUUGGAAGAACUGGGAGGAAUACUGAAAGCAAAACUUGAAGGACAUUUUAAAAACCAAGAAUUACGACAGGUUAAAAGACAAGAAGAAAACUAUGACCAACAGGUUGAGAUGUCUCUGCAAGAUGAGGAUGAAUGUGAUGUUUAUAUUCUGACCAAAGUAUCAGAUAUUUUGCACUCAUUAUUUAGUACUUAUAAAGAAAAGAUUUUACCAUGGUUUGAACAGCUACUUCCAUUAAUUGUAAAUCUAAUAUGUUCAAGUAGACCAUGGCCAGACAGACAGUGGGGAUUAUGUAUAUUUGAUGAUAUCAUAGAGCACUGCAGCCCAACCUCAUUUAAAUAUGUAGAAUAUUUUCGGUGGCCAAUGCUACUAAAUAUGCGAGAUAACAACCCUGAAGUCAGGCAAGCUGCUGCUUAUGGCCUGGGUGUUAUGGCACAGUUUGGUGGAGAUGAUUAUCGUUCUCUAUGUUCGGAAGCUGUUCCACUACUGGUAAAAGUUAUUAAGUGUGCAAAUUCCAAAACCAAAAAAAAUGUCAUUGCGACAGAGAACUGUAUCUCAGCAAUAGGGAAGAUUUUGAAGUUUAAGCCUAACUGUGUAAAUGUAGAUGAAGUUCUUCCACACUGGUUAUCAUGGCUUCCACUGCAUGAAGAUAAAGAGGAAGCGAUUCAGACUUUGAGUUUUCUCUGUGACUUAAUUGAAAGUAACCACCCAGUUGUAGUUGGUCCAAAUAAUUCUAAUCUCCCCAAAAUAAUUAGUAUAAUUGCAGAAGGAAAAAUUAAUGAGACUAUUAGCUAUGAAGAUCCUUGUGCCAAACGCCUUGCUAAUGUUGUUCGUCAGGUACAAACAUCUGAAGAAUUAUGGUCGGAAUGUAUAUCGCAACUUGAUAAUGAACAGCAGGAAGCCUUACAGGAAUUGCUAAAUUUUGCUUGAAGCACUUUAAUAUCACUUACAUAUCAUCUAUCUAUCUAUCAUAAAAGUAACUAUAAAUAAAUGUUGUGAGUGAAUUCCGUUAUAAAAUGAGAAAACUUCUCUCCCUGCUAAGCAGUUUAUAUUUCUUCCCCAUGUUUCUCCAAGAUUAGUUAAUGUUCAAGCCUUCUGUUCACCUUGCAUGUUUUAUCUCUUAAACAUAGACCUUGGUGAUAACCUAUGCUUCCAGUUGUCUUAGAAUGUUUGUCACCUUUUCCCUAUUUGGUGUGAAGUAUAGAGAUUGUUACUAUUUGUCUGAACUAUUGAUGGUGGGCAAUUGCUAUACUUGGUGUCAAGAUGUCAUGGUGAUUGUCACAAGAUGCUAAGAGCUUACAAAGAUAAGCUAGGAGAAUUUCCAGGACAAACAUCUUUGGAAUCAAGGAUGAUAGAUAUAGUGACAGGCUUAUUCCUCCUUGAUAAUACUCCUGGUUUUUAUGUAAUGGUAGUUUGCUGGAACUAAGCAAGAAUUUUAAGAUAUUGCAAUGGAUGUGGAAGUUUUCUCUAUAAUGUAUGUGAACUUUUUAAAUAAUGUAAAGAUUCUUGAGAAUUGGGUAGAACAUACCAAUAUUUAGUUCCCAAAGUGUUCUACUGAAAGUUAUGAGAACUUUUAAAUCWCCUAACCAACAUGGAUUGCAUUUUUUAAAGUUAUCCAGAACUCCAAGAAUCAUGGUUACAGAAAAGGGAGUCCUGGUACAUCUAACAUUGGUAGUAUGUAAUAUUCUAAUAGUAUUUGACAAAUAGUAAGUAAUCAAUAUUUAUGGGAGUCUGUCAGUGUUAUGUUUUUCAAUAGAGUAUUGCUUUGUGUAUGUAUUACAUUUUCCUCCCUGCAAAGCAGCUCAAUAAGAAGAGAAGACUGAAUUCAGAAUGGAGCUUAAAUAGAUUUCUAUUUCAAAUAUCCCUAACAGAUUCUUUUAGUAGCACUGAAGGAUGUUCUGUUAUGAAAGCAAAACAACUUAGUUUUAUCUUUAAACAUUAAAAAGAAAACAGCUUUGAGACUGGUCAUUUAUCAGUAUGUGUGUAUUAUAAGAAAACAGUUGUAUAAAUCUAGGGUUAAUUAUAUUAAUUGGAAUGUCAGUCUUUAAUGUUGAGCUUUUGUAGGGUAGAAAAAAAAAGCUUUCUAUUCAACAAAUUUUCAAUCCAAAACUUAAAAACAAAUACAUUUAUUGUGAUUUCCUGGGGCUAUUGUGAGUACUGUGUGUGUAAAGUGUUUAGCAAAUAUUUAGGACCUAGUAAGUGCUCAAUAAAUCAUCACUGUUAUUGCC